UGGUGGGGGCUUACACAUUUUAAUUUUUUUAAAUUAUACCCUGUACUAUUAUAUUUGUAACUUAUUUAAAUUUGUUUUUAAAAAUUAUAAUUAUGAUGGUUUACAACCGAAGAGAUUACCUUUCUGAAGGGCCCAAUGAAUACAACGGAUUAACCGACGAUGAAAUUUAUGAAAUACAAGAAGCCUUUAACCUUUUCGAUACUGAAGGAACAGGAACCGUUGAUCCGAAGGAAAUAAAAUGUGCCAUGCAGAGCCUCGGUAUUGACAAGAAAAAUCCCCUCGUGUACCAAAUUGUCAGCGAUUUGGAAAAGAUGGGAUCAUCCACUGUUAACUUUAGUGAUUUCCUAGAUGCUAUUACUAUGAAAUUGGGUAGCAGAGAUAGCAAGGAGGGCAUUCGACGUAUUUUUAACCUUUUUGACGAUGAUAACACUGGUUCUAUAACUUUCAGAAACUUGAAAAAAGUUGCUACUGAACUGGGAGAAUCACUUACAGACGAUGAACUUAGAGACAUGAUUAAUAGGGCUGAUUCUAACGGUGAUGGACAACUUUCAUUUGAUGACUUUUACUCCAUUAUGGCUAAAAGAACUUACUUAUAAUAUUCGUGUUUUAUCU